AUGACAAUUCUCUUUGGAAAGCUUCGUGAGCACGAACUUGAAUUGAACAGGUUGACUGCGGAAGAGGAUCAAGGAAGGAAAAAUACUCUUGCCUUCAAAUAUGAAAUUUCUAAAGGAAAGAGUUCAAGAAGGAAUGAUGAUGAUGACACUGAUGAUGAGGAAAAUAUGAGCCUCAUGAUAAAGAAGUUUGCUAAGUUCAUGAGAGCAAAAGGAAAGGAUAAAUAUCGAGAAGAAAGGAAGGAAAAUCAAGGAUCUCAAUCAAGCAUAAGGUGUUAUGGAUGUGGAGAAAGAGGACAUGUAAAAACUGAUUGUCCAAAUAAUAAGAAAGGCGAAGAAAAGAAAGAAAGGAAAUUUCCCAAGAAGAAAAAGGCUUAUAUAGCAUGA